CUCCUCUCGUGGCGCGCGUCCAGCUUUCAGACACAAAAGGCUAAAGAGGCUGGUCCUGGCACGGACACAACACUCCGGCCACACACACGCGGUCAUCGCAGAGUAUUUAAAGCCCGCACAGUGGACAUGCUGCCCCGGUUCACCCGCGCCACCUCCAAAGCCAGACAGCGGGCAUCAAAGAGCGCCAGACCAGCCAGCAGCACCAGCACCAAAAGCAACAGCAGCGGCGCUCGAUUAGUCCGGUCUGAGGGAACUAUGGCAGGGGCAGACGAGGAUGGAGUUGCACCCCCCGGGUUCAAAAGUCUACUCCAAAUGGACCCCUACCUAACGCCCUACGAGAAGGACUUCAAGCGCAGGUAUGAGCUGUUCCAGAAGCAUCUGCAUCUCCUGGAGGAGGCGGAGGGCGGAUUCGAACAGUUCACCCGGAGCUACCAGCGCUUUGGCGUGCAGCGUCUGCCUGACAACAGCUUGUGGUUCAGAGAGUGGGCCCCCGCUGCAGAGGCCCUGUUUCUCACCGGGGACUUCAAUGGCUGGGACAAAUUCUCUCAUCCUUACAAAAAGAAAGAAUUUGGAAAAUGGGAACUGACUAUUCCUCCUCUGAACGACAACUCUCCUGCGGUGGCUCACGGCUCCAAACUCAAGGUGGUCGUUCACACCAAAGACGGAGAGCGCCUCUACCGGAUCUCGCCCUGGGCCAAGUACGUCACCCAGGAGAAGAAGGCUGUCAUCUACGACUGGGUGCACUGGGACCCGCCUAACCCUUACAAACCAGUCCAUCCUCGGCCCAAGAAGCCCAGCCGCCUGCGCAUCUACGAGGCUCACGUGGGCAUUGCUUCACCCGAGGGGAAGAUUGCCUCAUAUUCCAACUUCACUGCUAACGUGCUACCCCGCAUAAAGGAGCUAGGUUACAACUGCAUUCAGCUGAUGGCCAUUAUGGAGCACGCCUACUACGCCAGCUUUGGAUACCAGAUCACCAGCUUCUUUGCAGCCUCCAGCCGGUACGGGACCCCUGAGGAGCUGAAGGAGCUGAUCGACGUGGCUCACUCCCUGGGCAUCAUGGUGCUGCUGGACGUGGUGCACAGUCACGCCUCGAAGAACACGGAGGACGGACUCAACAACUUCGACGGCACUGACUCCUGCUUCUUCCACUCCCCACCCCGAGGAGAGCACAGCCUGUGGGACAGCCGCCUCUUCAACUACUCCAGUUGGGAGGUGCAGCGUUUUCUCCUGUCAAACCUGCGCUGGUGGAUGGAGGAGUACCAAUUUGACGGCUUCAGGUUCGAUGGAGUCACCUCGAUGCUUUACCACCACCACGGGAUCGGCUCAGGCUUCUCCGGAGACUACAGCGAGUACUUUGGCCUACAGGUGGAUGAAGACUCUUUGGUUUACCUAAUGCUGGCUAACCACAUCGUGCACAACCUUUACCCAAACUGCAUCACUGUGGCAGAGGACGUGUCAGGGAUGCCCGCCUUGUGCCGCGGAGUGGAGGAGGGGGGCCUGGGCUUUGAUUACCGCCUGGCUAUGGCAAUCCCAGACAAGUGGAUCCAGAUCCUGAAGGAGGUGAAGGAUGAAGAUUGGGACAUCGGAAAUAUCGUGUUCACGUUGACCAACAGGAGACACGGAGAGAAGUGCAUUGCCUACGCCGAGAGCCAUGACCAGGCGCUGGUUGGGGACAAGACCCUGGCCUUCUGGCUGAUGGACAAAGAGAUGUACACCAGCAUGAGCUCCCUCAUCCCCAUGAACCCCAUCAUCGACCGAGGCAUCCAGCUGCACAAGAUGAUCCGCCUGCUCACACACGGCCUGGGAGGGGAGGGCUACCUCAACUUCAUCGGGAAUGAGUUUGGUCACCCGGAGUGGCUAGACUUCCCCCGAGAAGGCAACAACGAGAGCUACCAUUACGCCCGGAGACAGUUCAACCUGGUGGACACUGAUCACCUGCGCUACUUCCAGCUCUACCGCUUUGACCGCGACAUGAACUGGACCGAGGAGAAGUACGGCUGGCUCGCUGCCUCUCAGGCUUUUGUCAGCGCCAAGCACGAGGAGGACAAGGUCAUUGUGUUUGACAGGGCCCAAGUGGUGUUCGUCUUCAACUUCCACCCCAGCAAGAGCUUCCAGGACUACAAAGUGGCCGUGGACGUUCCAGGGAAAUACAAAAUCAAGCUGGAUUCUGAUAUGGAGAUCUACGGAGGCCACGGCAGACUGGACCACGGCACAGAGUUCUUCUCCGCAGCAGAGCCUUUCAACGGACGCAACCAUUCCAUAAGGGUGUACAUCCCCUGCAGAACUGCCAUCGUCCUGGCCAACGACGAGGCCCAGCACUCUAAUUAGAGGAGGAGGAGGAGGACUGUCACCGUGGCGACCGGGAAGGAUCAAACUCUGUGUUAACAAUCACCUUUUCCCAUACACACGCCACAUACUCACCACCGCCACCGUCCACCAGGAGGCACCGCCGAGCUUUCAACGUGUGUCCCUGUCCUGAGCCAGUAUACCCAGUUCUAAUAGUGCAAAAGUACCUGACUACUAACAGCAAUAAUACUCAGUAGUACUCAAUAAUACAAAUAUAGGGAUAACUAUUAUUAAAGCCCUAUUAUUCUUCUUAUAAUAGCCCUGUUACUUAUACCAUAUUUUUCGGACUAUAAGUCGCACUGGAGAAUAAGUCGCACCAGACAAUAAAUGCGUAAUGAAGAAAGUCACACUGGACCUUAAGUUUUUGGGAGAAAUUUAUUUUAUAUUUAUAAGUAGCUGUCAUCAGACUCGGCAUCAGCUCCAUUUAGAAUGAUUUCAGCCUUUCUGAAUUUCAACAGAAGGGUUUUGGUUGCCACUGAAGUCCAGGCUUUGUAGAUCCAUUCAACGACUUCCAGGAAAGUUGCAUGGUGCACCCUUCCAGUUGUGAGAAGUUUCUCACUCACUCCAAACUUUCUUUCUGCUGCUCCAUACCAUUUUCUGUAUUUUUCUGCAGGAUACAUGCGCAUGAGAGUGCAAAGUGACAGCGGUACAGUAGUAACAGGAGCAGCAGAUACUAAGAGUCAAGACUAGAGCCUCUCGCAGCUGUACGUGUAAACAUUUUAAUGUAUAAGUCACAGGACCACUCAAACCAUGAAAAAAUGCAACUUGUAGUCUGAAAAAUAUGGUAUAUUAUAGCCCUGGAAUUUCCAAUUUCGAAUGAACAAAAUGUAAAAGGGAGCUACUUGACAUGACAAAGAUGAACAGAGCAUUCUGAGCUUUGGAGAUUUAGAUAGACUAAUAAUACAGGGUUAAUUAAACAACACAAAACAGAACUCCAGGUAUGUUUUUGAGGACGUAACAACAUUAUAACAUGACUUAAAGCUCACAAUAGUCAGUUUUGCGUAAUAUAGGACCUUUAAUCAGCUUAAUAAGUGGUAUAAUUAGGCCAUAUACUCUACUGUUUGCUUUAGCCGUGGUAGCAUAAACCUCCAACUAGUGUUAACAAUACGUACAAAAUCAUAUUAUUGACAUUAAACACAAUUAAUCAAGUUAUGAAUGGUGUAAUAUGGUAGCACAGCACUGAGAAUUAACUAUCUAGAACAGUUGACAGUAAGUAGAAAACUCAUAAUCUUCUGUUGUUUAUCCGCAUUAGCAUUAGCAUUAGCUCCUGCCUCAAAGCCUCACAUUUAGCGUUUAUCUCUUGACAUUUUAUUUUGAAUAUUUGGCACACGUUUGGGGUUUAAAUUCCCGUCAUGAAACCGUGUAGGCGGCCUGUUUGUUGUUUUCAGAUGGGUACAAUAGCCAGUGGCCCUCUUGUAGAAAUAUUUUAACUUAUCUAAAAGAAAACUCGUAGCAUUUUACAGGAAUAGCACGGUAACUGAAGUAGCAUGCUAACUUGGCUAACAAUGUGUCCAAGAAAAUAAAUGAUUUCGUGGCCAUUUAGGGUCAAACUUAGAAUUGAUUUUGAAAUACAACUUUAUUUUAUUAUCAGAUAGAUAGAAAUGCAGAUGACUCUUGUUUCUGUAGUUAGUAAUUAUUAUUUAAUUUGUAUUUAAAUACCAUUGUAGUUAGUAGUAGCGAAGUGUUCCCAUAAACACUGUAUGUUCCAUUAUUUACUUGAUAUGUUUAUCUAACCACCACAAAAUCACCAUGGUAAUUAAUAAUUUUAUCUUCCCCAACUAAAAAUCAAAGCCUUAUGAAUUUUGUGAACCCAGAAAAAUGCCUUAAUGACAAAUUGUUGGUCUUUGCACAUGUCCAAAAGUUAAUUUAAUGUAAUUUGAAUAUAAAGUGCCAUGUAAAUUUGCUGCAGUUUUGUCCCAGCUAAAAUAAUUCUGUGCUCUGACCAUAGACUGUAAAUAUAAAUGGACAUUCUAGAGUGUUCUAGAUAGGAAGUGAUCACAUGCACGCUUCCCACUCCAUCAACUCUGCAGUGAGCCUCGUCAUUUUGGUCUUAAAAUGUCUCUAUUAACCCAUUCUACAUGAUCCUGGUGUUUUUGUUUUGUGAUUUUUGUCCAUAAAUCAAGAUACGAACACACCGGCUAUCAGGUUUGACUGACAGUGUUGCUGAGCGGGUAGAGCGUUACCUUCAAAAGCCUCACUCCUGAUUGGCUCGAUACUUGCGGUCGGAAUUGCAAAUAAUGGAACUGAUAUGAUGCAUACCUCGAUACAGUGAGCAUUUGAUUCGAUACGAUAUAUUUCAAAUAGAUUUGAUCCGGUUCAAUAAAAAUAAAGGCUAAAUCAUGGUUGUGAUACUAAAAGUCUUUGUUAAACCACUUCUUGUGCAAAGUUCAUAUGAAACACCUAUUUUACUCAUCAAAACACUGAAAAUGUCGCUUGAAAUGUGUUGCAUAAAGGAGUUUCCUUCCUCUAAACAAGCAACAAAACUGUAGUUCUGUAACAAAAUAAUUUAGUAAAAUAUACCAAAAAAUACUCUUGGGGAUUUAUCGAUACAGCAACCCACGAUAUCGAUACAGUAUCAUCACAUUAAACGGUACAGUAUAUCGGUAUUACAAUAUUUCUGCACAUGGAACUCAACUCUAAAUUCGCCCCAUAGCCGCCAGCCUCAUUGAGCUUCGUUUGACUGGAGCCGAACGCCAUGGGUGACGUCACACUCUCUUAGUCCACUUCUUUAUACAGUCUAUGGUUUUGGCAGUAGAAAAUCUAAUGAGCACAGUUUAAAAUCACAUUGUGGGUUUGGAACCAAAAGCCUGUAAUUUGCACUAUGUAAUAAUGUGCGUGGAGGCUUUGUCUGCGUACGUGGUGUUUAACGACUAGAGAUCAGGUUCGUAAGGAGGCAGUCAUUUGUACAGAAAAGAGAAGUCAAGUUAGAAGUGAUUGUUGUACAGUAAGUGAGAAAAAUCCCUCACUCAUCCAGGUAGAAUCUGUGGUAAAGGAGAAAUUCAAUUUAUCAACCGGACAAAAGUUUAUUUGGGUCGAAUACAUUUCAGUUCAGUCCAGUUCAGAACGGAAGAAGCAGUUUGGAUGAGCUGCGAAACGUAUUCGACCUAAAUCAACUUUUGUCCACUUGACAAAUUGAAUUUCUCCUUUACCUUGAGUGAUGCUUGUAAACUCACUGCAAAGGAGAGAAGUCAGGAAGCUAUCAGGAAAACUAGGGCAAAGCUGGUGACAAUAAGCUGUACUCACUCUUAUGUCACAAACCAGGAAGACAUUUUGGAAACAUGUGAUGACAAUUUCCGGCAGGUUUUGUUCGUGGUACUAAGUCUAACUCAGGGGUUCCAACCUUUUUUCUCCAGUGAGCUACCUUUACGAAACAAAAAUACCAGAGAGCUACCAAUUUCAGCAGUCACAAAGAAACAGAGUAAAUAAAAGAGCCACCUCCUUAGAUGGGGAACAGUUAGAUGCUUAUAAAACAAACCAUUAAUUCAAUCUUAUUUUUAUCCACAAUACACAGAAUUCAGAAAUCCGUUGGUGAGCUACUGGUGGCUCCUGAGAUACAGGUUGGAGGUCCAUGGUCUAACAAAAUCUCGGCCCAGUUUUCUUCAUCUACAUGUCAUUGUAGCGUUCCAUUAUGUUCAGCAAUUACAACCUUACUUCAGUAUUCGUCAUUUCCCCAGUGACGCACAACUCCGAGCGCACUGGGUCCAUGCGAUUUAAAAUUCAAGUUGAUUCUAACCAGCGCAUACGUAUCCGAUCUUCAUUUUACCGCUGAUCACAUUUAGUUCAGUGGGUUUGAUAACAAUCGGUCGUCGAACUACGCCGAAAGUUGUCAUCGCAUGUUUCCGAACGUCUUCCUGGUUUGUGACGUAAGCAUGAAUAGAGCUUGUAUAAAGCAUUGUUACAUUCCGUGUGCUUUAAAGAUGCACUGUGUAGCUUUCCUGGUGGUGCACUCGAUGGUCGUCUCCAUGGAAAUGUAAUUAUUACUUUGCGUGGAAUCCCGUAAAUUGAUCUAUCUCCAUGGGGACGAACGAUAAAAACUGUAAAAACACCUGUAAAUGCAAGAUGUUCAAAAUGCCACACUGAGGAACAUUCCAGGCAAAGCAAUAAUAUCGAUGUAAACAACACUACAUAACGUUCACCAGGAAAGUUCCAGUGCAGCUUUAAGUAUGCUGCUAUUGUCCAGGAGAGUCCAGCUGCAGCCGCUGUUUGGAGUGAAGGUUUGAUUGGCUGUGGAGCUCCAUUUCAUCAUAUCCAGGGUCAAAAAACAAAACUUUUCUUUUCUUAUCGAGGCAAGUUAAUAAUUUAGGCUAUGCCCCUGGUGAUUUUGCCUAAGAUUUGGGUUAGGGGUCGACAAUCGAGUAUUAAACCAAACCAAAUACGGACUUUAUGGAGCUCCUUUCAUCAUGAACUCACCAUCGGCUACAGCCAGACCCUUCAACUAUCGACGACAAAUGGGGACGGACAGUAUUUGUAUGAGCCAAUAUUCAAAAAUUUUUCGGUCAAAUAGGGUAAAAAUCUUUGUAUUUACACAAUCAUACUAAAAUACACCCAGCUAAUUCAUUUAAUUUAACAAAAGUAAACAGUUAUUUGUGAUUUAUGCUACAAAUUUACUACCAUUUUUGGGAUGUAUUAAGGACAUCAUCCACCACUAUCUUCUCAGCACUUAAGUAACAACAUUUACAUUUUUUCCAAGCAAAAUUUGGAAAAACUGCUCAAAUACAGAACAACAAGGCUAUUUUUGAACUUUUUUUUUAAUCGGUCCUGUUACAUUCUCUAUUUGUUUCAUGUGUUUUUAUUGACAGAAUAUUGGUAGCUUCUGUUUGUCCGUCUGAUCUUCCACAGCUUGACCAAGUUCACGCAAAUCCAUUACUGUAAAAUUGAUCAAAAUCUUUGUGGAUCAUCAACUGUACUGCUUUGUCUAUUUCACUGACUGUAGUGACAUCUAGUGGUCGGACUUGUACUAACACAACGAGUGCACUGUGAUUUUUCAGUUGGAGUUUGGAGCUUAAGGGGGGAGACUAUUUAAAAUGCUGUUUCUUGUUAUAUGCAAUUAUAUUUUGGAAAACACGUUAACCUUGUGUAGUGCUUUUGACUUGUAACGUAAGGCACUUAUAAUUUAAUAGUUGGCAAUAAAAUACAAUGAUUAAA